UCAAAUCAUCAACAACAACCGCGGGUUUGAGAUGCUGUUUGGAAAACGAAAAAUAAUCCCUGAUUUCUAAAUUUGUGCCAAUAUAGAGAAUGCCGCGAAGCAAGAGUGUGCCAAGAAAACAGCCAAACGAUGAACCUAGACGGGGCGAUAGAUCUAAAACGACAGCAAACAACUCUUCAUCGUCAAAUACCGAGGCGAAUACAUCCGCCGGCGAACAGCAUAGUCGAGCAAGAUCCCGACUAAGGCGCAGCAGAAGUAGUGAAAGCCAUGUACAACCACCACCGACAUCCGUCGAUCGAGGCGGUCGAAGAACUGCUUCCGCAAAUCCACCACGGCGGCUUUUACCCUCGACGAGAGAAAUGAUAAAACUGCAGAACACCACGACCCUGCUUAUACCGAAACUGAGCAUAUCGCGCGUAAUUAGGGAGGUGAUGCACGAGUUCGGAGACUUUCGAGUCACAAUAGAUGCUCUGGAGGCGUUACACGAAAGUACCGAAAUGUAUCUCGUAGAUCUGUUCGAAAGGGCGCAAAUGUGCGCCACGCACCGGAAUAGGGUUACUUUACAACCGAAGGACAUGAAACUGGCACUUUACCUCGGUGGUCAAUAGGCAUACAACAUACCUCCAUGUAGUCGGGCUCGUAUAGGCGGCUUGAACAUCCUGCGGUCCUGCUGAACGAACGACUGCAGACCAGCGCCCCCCGGGAGACAACCUGGAAAGAGCGUCAGUUAAAGCUUUGUUGCAUGUCCAAGUGCAGUACUUUACGUUCUAACCUGGCGGAAUGCCAUAUUAAAUCUUGUUGUAAGGUUACGUUUAAUAACAAUAUAUGAUUUUCACUACACUACUAUU